CUUGCUCUUUUGAAUUUACAAAGAAAAUAAAAAUAACAAGCCUCUCACUAACACUAACACCUUGAUAUAAUUUGAUUUUCAACUUGAAAUUGAAAUCGAAUAAGUGCGCACCGCAGCGUUGUAGGGCAAAAGUAGAAAUCAAAAAAGUUCCUUUUUGAAGAAUAAUAAAAAUUCUGUGAGUCAAGUAAAGAAAAGACCCUCCUUUUUUCUUUCUUUUCUUCCUAAUUUCUAUGCACAAGUAAAACGGUAAUGCUGCUGCAAUAGUUUUCAGAUCUGUGUGAUAUUAAGUAAAAAGGGGGGGUGUAUUUUAGUGGAUGAAAAGUGUUGGAAGUUUAUCGUAUAUUUAGUGUGUUAUGGCGUCUGAAACGGCGUCGUCUGCGGAUGAAGAAAAAGAAACCCUUGUUGUUUCUGUUUCAGCUGAUGGUGCUACUGAUAAAAGAGGAAAGCAUCGUAUUCUUGCUGAAUUGAAGCGUCUUCAACAAGAUACCAAAUUUCUUCAGGAAGAAUUGGACGAGCUUGAGAAAACAGAAAAUGUGUCGGCUAUAUGCAAGGAAUUGCUACAAAACAUGGAUAGUAGACCUGAUCCACUAAUCCCAGAAGUUCAUGGACCUGUAAACCUCUUAUGGGAUAGAUGGUUUGAAGGGCCUCAGGAUCCGCAAGCAUGUAGAUGUUGGAUACUUUGAUGUGAAGCUGUAUGUUAAUUGCAUUGCUAAUAGAAUGUGAAUGUUACUGCACAAAAGUGACUAUGGAACUGAAGAAAAUGCUUGAUGGCAUUUUAUACUACUACACACACUAAUUCUUUAAUGGCUUCAUGCUUCAUGUUGUGUUACAUCAGAAUAGAUUGUGCAUCAAAUACUGUCUAUCUGUAAACACAUUGAUUUACUGCAUUCAAUUAGAAUAUCAUUAUUUGUGCUUAUGUAGUGUCUAUGAAAUUUGAAGCCAACCUAGAGAUUAUGGCUAUUGGUGGUAACUGUUAUUACGCCUGUGUGGAUAUGUUUAUCAGCAUCCGGCCCUUAAGGAAGUAGCUUUAGAAAGGACUGGUAAUGGUUUGAUAUGCUAUUAACUAAACCCAGGGGGAGAAUGAGAUUUUCUACCAGACCUGGUAAGGCUUGGGAAAGCAAAGAACACUCAUUAUCUCUCAUUUCACUAGAACUUUAUGAUAGAUCUUGUAAUCUUGUUGCUUUCGGAGCUUUAUUUUUUUUUAGUGUUCCAUUUAACAAGCCUCCUAUGUAGUUUUUCUUUUAUUUUUUUAGCUUUCCUUCUCUAUCACUCAUGCUCAAAA